CCAACAUCACCUUGAUCAAAAUGGCGACGCUGCCGCCUGGAGACGUGGUGUCGAGUGCUCUCGUGCGUGCCGCGCUGGCGCGCAAGAUGAAGUUGCAGUUCGCAAACCUUCUGUACGGGAAGAACUACCUCGUGGACAGAAAGGCAUUUAUGGCCCAUCUGAGCCAGGAAUCUUUGACGCUGACCUUGCUCCGCGCAGGCGUCGUCGCGGUCGCCAAUCCGUACGCCAUCCCAGACUCUGUCUCAACUGUGCUUUCAGCAUGGUCCUUGUCGUUUUGGCGGGCCAUCAGCUACACAACCGUGACGCGGGUGUUAGAAGAAAUCAGCGUGCAAUGCUUCACACCUAGGAUUGCAGGAGCCUUGAUGAAAGACGUGGCCAAAUCGUCACUUCGAAAGUACGCACGAUACCAGUGCAACCGGACCAUCGUAGCGUCGCUCAUCUUUCACACCGCCUUUCGCUCCGCGAUCCUCCCGAACGCCGCCGUUCUCAUCGUGGAGUCGGGCCUCGACAUGUGUCGACGACCCGUGCGUGCAUGGCCAGCGUGUUUGCGGCGGAGUCUCCACCGCUUCUUCACCGUUCUGGCAUACACAUCCCUCGGCGCGGCGCUGGCGACUCUGAUCGAACCAGGCGCUGUGACCCGCGCAGGCGCCAUCGUCGGCGAAGCCUGCGCUUACGGGUCGCUUGGUAUUCACACGGUGAUGUUUCAAGACAUUGCCCCCGUCGCAGGGUUCUUCUGGCACAUUGCAAACACCAAGACACUAUACCUCGAAUAGGCUAUAGCCGUGGAUAGAUCGCAUAACCUCGACGAAACACGACGUUAUGCCACCCAUA